CCGGAAUGUUUGUCCACAAUCUGUGCUCAUCAAUAAGAAGGGCACCUGGAAGUUGGCCGGACUCGAGUUCACUGAGAAGUGCGCUGAUGGAGAUCUGAUGACAUCGAUUCCGUGUCAAGCGUUCACAUCAAAGCUCCCGAAGAUGGCUCAACCGGACUUGGAUUUCACGGCCCCUGAAGUGCAGAGUGUUUCGAGUUGUAGUGCAAUGAGUGAUAUGUUCUCUUUGGGUCUUCUCAUCGCCAGUCUCUACAACAACGGAAGAUCACUGAUUGAGUCCAAUCUAAACACAUCUCACUAUUGCAAACAAUUAGAUUCGCGGAGAAGUCAGGGCAAAGGGGUUGCAUAUUUUACAUGGACUAACAUUGAGAAUGAGGGUGUAUUUUAUAUUGAGAGGGGUGGCAAUGACUUUGUCGGUUACAUAAACUGGAUCAUCAUUUACAUGAACUUCUUGAUUCCAUACCCCAUCACUUACAAGACCCACUUCAGGGACUCCUAG